AUGGCUGGAGCGCAGCGUCCGCCUCGGAUCUCGCGCGGCUGGAUCCCAGCGUACUCUUAUUUCUGGGGGUUUCGGGUUUGGAUCUCUGCCAGGCUGACUCCAACCCUUAGGGACCCGACCCUUUGCGGAGAGAGACGCACAGCGCAGCGCGCCAAGGAGCGCGCACGGUUCCUCGGGCCAUUCCGUCUGGCGCUCGCUUCCCCGCCCUUCCUUCCCGCCCUACUUACCGGGCUGUGCUCAGCCAGCACCUGCUGGAUGUGGGCGGAGAUGAUCUGCCCCGCGCAGUCCACGCGGUCUGAGCCGGGCUGCCACUGCGGUGCACCGGCGGAGGGGCGAGAGAGCACCGUUCUCCGGCGGCCUUGGCACGGGCAGCCCCUCCUUCUGGCGAUGAUCUCAGCCCCUGCCCGGCUCGACGGCCCCGGAGGACUGUGGGCAGCUCGCCCCGGCCGGGAGCCCGGGCCGCCCUCCCCCGCGCGCUCCCUCCGCGCAGCCGCCGUCGCCGCCUUUCGGCCACCUUCCCGCGCUGGUACCCGGGGCCCCGCCCUCCGCGCUCCUCCGGUCCCGGGAGGCGCGCGCGACGCGGGGGACACCACUGAGGGCCGCGCCGGGGCCGGUGUCGGGCCCGGGGGGCUCCUCAGGGACGGGAGCACGGGCGCUGGAGCUGCCCGUGCGACCCGGACCUUCCUGUCCCGGACGUAUAUCCUCACGACCUUCCUGGUAUGCAUCACGUUCCAGUCCAGUGCCCAGAUGAAACAGUAUUUCGUUCAGGAGGAGCUGCCGGACAACAUCCUCAUCGGCAACCUGAUGAGGGACCUGAACCUGACGCUCAUGCUGAACGUGUCCCUUGAGGUCCCCUUGAACUUCAAGCUGGUGUACAAGGUUGGGGAGCCGCCGCUGGUGCGCAUCCAGGAGGACACCGGAGACAUCUUCACCACUAACGUCAACAUCGACCGGGAGGUGUUAUGCCCCGAGAUCGUGAAUAACGCCGAUUGCUUUUAUGAAGUGGAGGUGGCCGUUUUGCCGGAUGCAAUAUUUAGGCUGGUCAAGUUACGUUUCGUGAUAGAGGAUAUAAAUGACAACGCACCGUCGUUCCCGACCACGAUCAUCAACAUCACCGUGCCGGAGAACUCGCUGAUAGGUUCUCGCUACUCGGUGCCUGCGGCCUCGGAUGCUGACAUAGGGAUAAACGCGGUCCAAAACUACUCUUUACUUGCGGGUCGGAGUGCUUUUGGGCUGGGCGUCGGUGUGGCCCCCGACGGACAGAAGGUUCCGCAGCUGGUUGUCCUGAAGCCGUUGGACCGGGAAGAGAAGGAUGUGUACAUAAUGAAGCUGAAGGUCGAAGACGGUGGCUCGCCGCAAAGAUCCAGCACCGCCAUCCUGCAAGUCAAAAUCCUGGAUGUGAAUGACAACCACCCAGUGUUCUCGCAGGAUGAGGUUGAAGUCAACAUACCGGAAAGCGCUCCCGUGGGCACCUCCGUGGUGCAGCUCCACGCCACAGACGCCGACGUAGGGGAAAACGCCAUCAUUCACUUCUAUUUCAGCAACCUCCUCCCCAGCCAGGCCCAGCGGCUGUUUGACCUCAACAGCAAGACGGGGCUGAUCACAAUCAAAGAGCCACUGGAUCGGGAGGAGGCGGCAAGCCACAAGUUACUGGUCUGGGCAGACGACGGCGGGCUGUCGCCCGCAAGAGCCCUGGUGCGAGUCAAUGUGCUAGAUGUCAACGACAAUGCCCCGUCCAUUGAUAUCCGCUACAUCGUCAACCCGGUCAAUGGCACUGUGGUUCUGUCAGAGAACGCUCCGCUCUACACCAAGAUCGCUCUGAUAACGGUGACGGAUAAGGACGCUGGCAACAACGGCAGGGUGAUCUGCUUCAUGGACCAGAACCUCCCUUUCCGACUGCGGCCAGUAUUCGCCAACCAGUACCUCCUGGAGACAAAUGCGUUGCUGGACUUCGAGGCCGCGAAAGAGUAUGCCAUCAACCUCAUGGCCGUGGACGCCGGCCAGCCUCCUCUGAAUCAGUCAUCCAUGCUCAUCAUCAAGGUCAAAGACGAAAAUGACAACGCUCCAGUGUUCACCCAGCGUGUCAUAACUACGUCCAUUCCCGAGAAUAACUCCCCGGGCUCCCAGGUGACGAAAGUAACCGCGACAGAUGCGGACUCCGGGCGCAAUGGUGAAAUCAGUUACGUGCUGGGGGCCGACGCCCCCCCCGAAUUCGAGCUGGACCAGCGCACGGGCAUGCUGACUGCGGUGACGAAACUGGAUAGAGAGAAGCAGGAGAAAUACCACCUCACGGUGCUGGCGAAGGACAACGGUGUCCCGCCCUUAACAACCAACGCCACAGUGAUAGUGAGGGUUCUCGAUCAAAAUGACAACGUGCCCGUGUUCUCCCACGAAGAGUACAAUUUCUAUGUCCCAGAAAACCUUCCUAGACACGGCACAGUCGGACUAAUCAACGUGUCCGACCUCGACAAGGGCGAAAAUUCUGUGGUCACUCUGUCCAUCGUGGGCGUGAACAAGGAGUUCACCAUUGACCCACACACCGGAGUCAUCCGACCCAACGUUUCCUUUGACAGAGAAAAACAAGAAUCUUACACUUUCUACGUACGGGCUCGGGAUGGCGGUAGGGUGCCGCAGUCUGCCACUGCCAAAGUGACCAUCAACGUGGUCGACGUCAACGACAACGUGCCAGUGUUUGUGGCCCCUUCUUCCAACUACUCCUUUCACCUGGUCCUCCCGUCCACGGAUCCGGGCACGGUGGUCUUCACCGUCCGAGCCGUUGACAACGACACCGGCAUUAACGCGCAGCUUCUGUACACGAUCGUCGAAGGGAACGCGAGAGGCCUGUUCGUCAUGAACGAAACGACAGGCGACAUCACGAUGAAGAACAGAGCCGUGCGCGCAGACCGCGGUUUGCACAGACUGGUAGUCAAAGCCAAUGACCUAGGGCAGCCCGAUGCUCUCUCCAACGUCAUAGUCGUCAACCUGUUUGUGAAUGAGUCGGUGACCAACGCCACCCUGGUUGAGGACCUGGUGCGCAGGAAGGCCGCAGUUCCGGCCACCCCAGACAUCGAGAUAACCGACGCCUCCUCCCCAUCCGAUGACUACGUCAAGAUCGUGAUCGCCACCGCGGUGGCCAGCACGGCUGUCGCCCUGGUCAUCGUGAUCAUCGUCAUAGUGCGAUGCUACCAGCCGGCACACCUUAAGGCUGCUCAGAAAAGCAAGCAGAGUUCGGAGUGGGUCACGCCAAACCCAGAAAACAGGCAGAUGAUCAUGCUGCAGAAGAAGAAGCAGAAGAAGAAGAAGAAGAAGAAGCAGCAGCAGCAGCAGCCCCCGAAGAACUUACUGCUUCACUUCGUCAACAUUGAGGAAAGCAAGUCGGAUGAUGCGGACGACGACGGACACAGCACCACCAUGGACCUCCCCACCGAGCUGGAGGAGGACGCCAUGCGCAAGUACGACUGGGGCACCGUGCCCACCACGUUCAAGCCCGACAGCCCCGACCUGGCCCGGCACUACCAAUCCACCUCGCCGCAGCCGGCCUUCCAGAUCCAGCCCGAAACGCCCCUGAGCUCCAAGCACCACUUCAUCCAGGAGCUGCCCCUGGACAACACCUUCGUGGCUUACGAUUCCGUCUCCAAGUGCUCCUCCAGCAGCUCGGACCCCUACAGCGUGUCCGAGUGCAGCUUUCCGCUGACGACCUUCAAGGACGUGGUGUCCGUGCGCGCCAGGCCGCCCAUGAAGGACGUUGUCAGAGCCCGCACACCCAUGAAGGAGACUACCACCACCGUGGAGAUCUUGGUGCAUCCAGAGCCACAGUCCCAGCGGCGCGUCACGUUUCACCUGCCCGAAGGCUCUCAGGAGAGCGGCAGUGAGGGCGGCCCGGGAGAGCUGGAGGCCGCAGUGGGGGCGCACGCCCUGCCCCUGCACUACCGGCGGGGGGAGGACUUCUACCGCGCAGCGCCCAGCAGCCGCACCGAGGGCGACGGCAACUCCGAUCCUGAAUGCACCGCAGAGAUCACCGUGCAGCCGACCUUGGAGGAGGUGUCGGACACCUGCACGCAGGAGUGCCUGAUCCUGGGCCACUCCGACGCGUGCUGGAUGCCGGCCGCCCUGGCCCGGGCCAGCCCCUCGCACGCGCAGGCCGCCGUUCCGCGCCACAGCCCGCCGGUGACCCUGACCUCUGCUCACCUCCAGCACCGCCGCAGCCCUCCGGCGGCCGAGUUCAUCAGCCUGUCUUACAGCUCGCCUCCGCCCGCCUCCGCUCACCACGCCAGCCCUCCCCCGGGCCAGGCCGCCGCGCCCCAGCACAGCCCUGCGCAGCCACCGUGGGCUUUGCAGCAGGGAGGGCCGGCCAGCGUGCGGGCCCACUGUGUGUCUGAAACAGCUCAUACUGAGGAUGAGUCCGCGGAAGGCAUUACCUUGAAAACCUUCACGGCAGGCCGACAGGCCAGAGCCCCUCGGGAUGACGAACAUCCCUUCUAAGGUCGCAUUUCUCAGCAGGACGUGUAUCGUCGAGAUUUGAAAUCCAGUUUCCACGAAUUCCCACGAAUAUUCCAGAUUGUUACUUUUGUACAUAGUUAUAUACAUAGAAGCAGAUACCAGAACAGACUCUAGAGCUAGAUACCCUUAGUCAAAACACAAAAAUGAAUUCACAAUUUGUUGACUUCUGAAUGUGUACUUAAAAAGAAAUUGAAACACUCAUUCCCCUUUGUACAGACAGGCUUGCCGUGUGACAGUGACAGUGUUUCUGAUGCACCGUGACUGUUCAUUUAUCGUUGACAACAUGUGCAAUAUUACUGAUCGUGUUUCCGUUCUGAUGUUUGUAGUGCGUAGCAAGUGGACUAGCAGAUACCUGGUUUCCCGAGAGUUCCUUUAGUUUAUCUCACCUUUUGUUCAAAUAACAUUAGAAGGUAGGGCAGCAUCUUUGUAUGUCUUUUCGUUUGAUACUUGUUGCUCUCUAGUUUCUUUCUUAUUACUGUUUGUACGAAAAUGCACAGUACCACGUGUAAAUAACUGUUCUAUUUUGUCUGUCUUUUUUAUGUUUUCUACCUUUAUUUGGAGAAUAUAUUGUGCAGAGAUUUUGUAUAGACCUUUUCGGUAACGAAUAUAUAUACACUGUACAGAUUUCUGUCUAACCUAUUCUCUACUCUUUAGUAGAGUUCGAGACAUUGAAGUGCAAUAUGUGCGCCCCAAUGGGCGUCUUUCUAUGAAAAAUUAUUUUUGUAAUGUAGUGUAAAGUGCAUCAGAAAUUAUGUUGUAUCUGCAGUUUAAGCCUAUGUUCCAUGAUUAAUUAGAUCUUUAUCUUCUGCGAUUUGUACAUAAGAACCUGGAAAUCACAAGCAAAGUGGACGCAUUUGAUGAAUGAUUCAUUAACAGCCAUGACCGGAAACUGCUACUUCCUAAGGAGUAGCAGGAGGUUUUAAAUGGUGACGUGAGAGUGGACUAGGCUGAUACCAAAAGACGGUCAGUAAAAAGAACACGCAAAUUAAUGUAACUAGAUAAAAACCACAUAACAAACCCAUAUGACUAAGGGAUUUUUCUCAUUCUAGCUCAACUGCCUAAAGAAAACCACUGACAGAUAACAAGAUGAGAAUCCAGACAUACGAUCCUAAAUCGACAGGACAGGGUUUUAAGGAGAUGUGCAGAGGAAGAGAUAAGGUUCCUGACAGCUUCUUGAGGUAGAUAAGCAAUACCCCGAGAACAC